AUCUUCCAAAACUAGGAAAAGAUGGAGAAGUAUUUUCAUGGAGUUUUAUGUGUGUUCAUCAUCACAUUUGCUUUUACACAUGUUGGGGCUCAGGAUCAAAAUGGAUUUAUCACUCUGGAUUGUGGUCUGUUACCUGAUGGGUCUCCAUAUACCAAUCCAUCUACUGGAUUGACAUUCACUUCAGAUUCUAGUUUCAUCGAGAGUGGAAAGAACGGUCGAGUCAGUAAGGAUUCUGAGCGAAACUUCGAAAAGGCUUUUAUAACUCUGCGAUAUUUUCCAGAUGGAGAAAGAAACUGUUAUAGCCUGAAGGUCACGCAAGGAACAAAUUACUUGAUUAGAGCAUCUUUCUUAUAUGGAAAUUAUGAUGGUCUUCAUACUAUCCCAAAUUUUGAUCUAUUUAUUGGCCCUAAUAAGUGGACAACAGUGAAUUUUAAUGGAAGCGGAGGUGGUCUGUUUGAGGAGAUGAUUCACAUGUCUAGGUCAAGCUCUUUGCAUAUUUGUCUUGUCAAGACUGGAACAACUACGCCGAUGAUAUCAACCUUGGAGCUACGACCACUGAGAAGUGAUACUUACAUUAGUGCCAAUGGGAGCUCCUUGCAACUCUUUUUCAGAGGUUAUCUUGACGAUUCAGUUCCCGUUUUACGGUACCCUGAUGAUGUCUAUGACCGUAGAUGGUUCCCAUUCACUAAUAAGGAGUGGACACUUGUAACUACCACUCUCAAUGUAAACACUACAAAUGGUUUUGAUCUACCACAAGGUGCAAUGGCAUCGGCUGCAACCCGUGAGAAUGAUAAUGGGACAUGGGAAUUCCCAUGGAGCUUAAAGGAUUCUACAACACGGUUUCACAUUUACCUUCACUUCGCAGAGCUUGAAACUUUGUUAGCCAAUGAGACCAGGGAAUUCAAUGUUUUGCUGAAUGGAAAAGUUUUUUAUGGACCAUAUAGUCCUACCAGUUUAAGUAUAGGAACUAUGAGCACACAACCCGAAUCGACACUGACAUGCAAAGGAGGGAGUUGCCUGUUGCAGCUAGUGAAAACAACAAAGUCAACUCUUCCUCCUCUCAUCAACGCUAUUGAACUUUUUACAGUUGUUGAGUUUCCUCAGUCAGAAACAAACCAAGAUGAAGUGAGUGCUAUCAAGAAGAUCCAAAUUGCUUAUGGGUUGAGUAGAAUUAAUUGGCAAGGAGAUCCAUGUGUCCCGGAACAGUUUUUGUGGGCUGGUUUAAAAUGCAACAACACUGAUAGCUCUAAUCCACCAACAGUCACUUUCCUAAACUUGUCUUCAAGUGGAUUAACUGGGAUGAUCGCAUCUUCCAUCCAGAAUUUGACCCAUCUACAAGAGUUGGAUUUGUCAAAUAACGACUUGGUUGGGGGUGUGCCUGAGUUUCUAGCUGACAUAAAAUCGCUCUUGAUCAUAAACUUAAGAGGAAACAAUUUUAGUGGUCUACUUCCUCAAAAGCUUCUACAAAAGAAAGGAUUAAAGUUAAAUGUUGAAGGCAACCAUAGGCUUAUUUGCACAGAAGGACCAUGUGUAAAUAAACCUGGAGAAGGUGGACAUCCCAAAAAGAGUAUAAUUGUACCAGUUGUUUCGUCCGUUGCUUUAAUAGCUGUUCUUGUAGCUGCAUUGAUUUUGUUUUUUGUUCUUAAAAAUAAAAAUUCAUCACGGAGUAAAGCAAAUAAUAGAACUUCAAGAUCAUCCGAGCCACCAAGGAUAACGAGAAAGAAAAGAUUUACUUAUGCAGAAGUUAUUGAAAUGACAAAUAACUUUGAAAGUGUUCUUGGGAAAGGAGGGUUUGCUAUGGUUUAUCAUGGAUAUGUAAAUGGUACAGAGCCGGUUGCUGUUAAAGUACUCUCACAUGCUUCAAACCAUGGUCAUAAACAAUUCAAGGCAGAGGUUGAACUUCUUUUAAGAGUUCAUCACAAGAAUUUGGUAAAUCUAGUUGGAUACUGCGAAAAAGGAAAGGAACUGGCGCUCGUCUAUGAAUACAUGGCUAAUGGAGACUUAAAAGAGUUUUUUUCGGGGAAGCGUGGUGAUGCUAUUUUAAGGUGGGAAACUAGGUUACAAAUAGCACUGGAGGCCGCACAAGGUUUGGAGUACUUGCAUAAAGGAUGCAAACCACCAAUUAUUCAUAGAGAUGUCAAAACCGCAAAUAUAUUGUUGGAUGAACACUUCCGAGCCAAACUUGCUGACUUUGGACUUUCAAGAUCACUUCUAAACGAAGGAGAAAGUCAUGUCUCCACGGUUGUAGCAGGAACUAUUGGUUACCUUGAUCCAGAAUAUUAUAGAACAAAUAGGCUGACAGAGAUGAGUGAUGUGUACAGUUUCGGGGUCGUUUUAUUGGAGAUCAUAACAAAUCGACCCGUGAUUGAGCAGAGUCGCGAAAAGCCACACAUAGCGGAAUGGGUGAAUUUAAUGAUUAUCGUAGGAGAUAUUAGAAAAAUUGUUGAUCCAAGUCUCAAGAAGGAUUACCACUCUGAUUCAGUUUGGAAAUUUGUGGAGCUAGCAAUGACUUGUGUGAAUGCAUCUUCAAUGGCAAGACCGACCAUGUCUCAAGUUGUUACCGAAUUAACCGACUGUAUAAAAUUAGAAUACUCAAUGGGAGGGAAAAGUCAUAACAUGGGUUCUGAGAGUUCUAGAGAUGUGACCAUGAUCUUUGAUACUGAAGUGAACCCCGUGGCUCGCUAGACCACAUAAAGAAAUUUCGGUUGCAUUUUAUUGUGUUUAUUUACAUAAACUAAUAAUACUGUUUCGUCAUCUCUUCAAUUUUACUAUCGCCAAAGAAGAUAAAUUUGAUAAAUUUCUUCACA